AUGCCGGACCAUUGGACUAAGUGGAAAUUGAACAAAAAGGAGGAGAAAGAAGUAGAGGAACACGAGAAGACGGUUUACGAUGGCAGCAUUGCUAUGGGGAACACCGUUGAGGAUGCCCAGAAAGCUGCGCGCGAGGCCAAACUGGCCAAGACCAAGGCCAUGAAGGAGCAGAAAAUGGCCCGAGCGGCCGCCAAGAAAUCUGGAACAGUUACCACUGUUGCCACUACUGCUGGGACCUACAUUGACAAGGACAGCCUGCCACCGGAGGCCAACACCAGCUACUACGAGAAGCUUAUGGACAGCAUGAAUGUCAUCCUAGCCAACCACAACUUCUGUGACAUCCAAACUGCAGAGGAACCCUUCAACAGCAAGGCAUGCGAGAUAGCCUUGCGCAAGGAGGGCACAUACCGCUGCGGGAUCAACCUUCUUUGGAUUGACCCGUUUGCAUCUAUCACACCUGCAGUCCCCCUAGACCAUUCCCGCGUCGUGGAGCUGGGGCAGUUCGCCUAUCCUGAUGGAAAAACUCCGAGACACCUCCAGGAGAACUUUCAUGUAGCCACCGAUGCUGCGGAUGUGGACCUUUUGGGGAAGCGUGGAAAGUGGCGAGGAAUCAGUCCUGAAGAGAUGCAGCACAGUCUCAUCUUUGCUUUGGCCAAGUGCAUUGAGGACAAGGCAGGUGCAAAACGAGUGGACGAUGACUGUCUCCAGGAUUGGCGAAAAAUCUUUUUGACGGCUCCUUGCGUGAUUACCAUCGUGGGCAACGACGACCAGAUGUUUUGGGAAGCCUUUCGCAAAAGACAGCAAGUCAUUGCCUCCUAUGACUGUGUCAAGCGGUCAGCUCGACAACUUGCGCAUGAGGUCCGUGCUUUCAAGGUGAAGAAGGAGAAGGAAACAGGAGAAUCCCUAUCCAUCAAGGAUAUCACGGACCUUUUCGGUGAAAAGAAAGACCUGAUGGCCAAAUCUACUCGUCAGGGUGACAUGGCCGACGGAUUUGUCAAGGAUUGCUUGUAUGUCUAUGACAAAAUGUUGUCCGACCCAGACUGCAAUCAAGUCCUUGAUCGCUUAGAAGCAUUGUUUGGCCUGGGUUCACCUUUAAAUUCGCUGAGCAAGCUUCGGGUCGUCAUUGAGAAGAGCGAGAACCUCGAGACAAGGCCAGCGGUCAUUGAUUGUUGA